ACACAAACAAAAAAAACGCAAACGGAGGGUCAGCAGCAGCGAUAAUAGUGACAGAGGCAACGGACAAACAGACACUUGAAACAUGGAGACCUAUUUAACAGAGAUCAAACAACUGCGCAUACCGCGUCCGAAAUUCGAGCCAAACAGUUGCCAUCAGCAACAUCAACAUGCGGUGACAGCUGCAGCAGCGGCAGCGGCAGCGACCACACCCACUCCUCCUCAUCAUCAAUGGCGACACUUUGUGCGACCCUUUACACCGCCACGCGAUUAUCAUUUACCGAUGGCCGUGCAGGGAGCAGGAGGCGGUAGUGGAGCCUGGGGUUCCGAGGAGAGUUCAAGCCACGACAAGAUGUAAAGAGGUGGCGAAAAACAACAAUAAACGAGGUGGUGAAAAUAAAACAAAAUCGAAAAAGGAAAAGAAAAGAAAGUAGGUGGAGGUGGAGGUGGAAUUGGGUGGCCAAUGAAUGGGAUAUGCUGUCUAUUUGACUUGCAUUGCAUUGAAUUGAGUUGCAUCAUAUCGUUUACAGUUAUUGGCUAUAUAAACUUAUAAUCUAUCAAUAAAGUUAAAAGCUUUCUGUCUUUUUUCCCUCUUUCUCUCUCUCUCUCUCUCUCUCUCUCUCUCUCUCUCUCCCUCUGUCUCUUUAAAUACCGCCUCCCAACCCACCCUAUAAUGUAUCUUGAUUGCAUAAUUAAGUUCUUAAGUUUAGUGUUAGUUAG